GUAACUGUCAAGUAUUAUCUACCGAGGUUUAUAAGGUCAACGUUAUUUACUAUUACAUUAUAUAGAUAGUGCGUUGUGUGGAAUUCGUUAAGAGUGUUGCUUUAAUAAAUAAUCUAAGGAAAAGUGCUGUCAAUAAAAUAAUUAUGGAUACGGAAUGGAAACGGGUAGGAAAAGUAAAAAAGAUGUGUAUUUUCCCUCUAAAAAGUGGAAGAAGAGUUGAAGUAAAUCAGGCAUUAUGUACCAAACAAGGAUUAAUGGACGUUGAUCUGGGGGAUGGAUCCCUUGUUUACGAGAUAGGUCUUUUGUAGUGUACAAUGGACAGUCUUUGGAAUACAAGACAGCGAGACAUUAUCCCAAGAUGGUAUUAAUUCAAGUUCGACGAUGUUGUUUGGGUGCGAUACCUUUUGUGCUGUUUGAUGCUCCAAGAAUGACAACAUUAUUUUUAACCAUUCCCGAGGAUGAACCAGAACAAAAGAAUGUUCGGAUCAUACAAUGUAAAGAAUCAAUAUCUAUAUUAGAUUGUGGUGACGAAGCUGCUGCUUGGUUUUCAGCUUACAUCUUGGGGGAACCUUCCGGGUUUAGAUUAGGAUACAACAAUGGAUCUCAUAAAAGAACUGAAGUAAAUCAAUGCUAUAAUUAUUUAAUUCAACAUAACAAUCGUGGAUUGACAACAGAAUCAACGGGAUUAAACGCAGAUCUUUGCGCUUUGCAUCUUAUAAGUGCAUCGUCUGUUCAAGACAUCACUAAAAGAACAGGCAUCCCUGAAAUAAAUGAAGACUGUUUUAGACCUAACCUAAUAGUAGAAGAUCAGUUCUUAGAACCGUUCGCUGAAGAUAAUUGGGAAUACAUUCGAGUAGGAGAAGUUAUACUAAAAAGCGUUUUAGAAUGUACGAGGUGUAUUAUGACCUGCAUUAAUAUGGAGACUGGUAUUAGAAGAAGAGAUAGGGAGCCAUUAAAAACUAUGGAAAGCAAAGGAAGAAAUUUGGAACUCCACAUGUUAACAGAAAAAACAAUGGAAUUCAUUGUAGGUUCAUUGGAAAAUGACGAAUGUGGUAAUGAUGAUGAUAAUGAUGAUGAUACUAUCUAGUUCGAAGAGAACAACACAUUUGUUUAGGUAUAGGAUGAGUACCGGACCAGUGAGAGCAUCUGUGAUGGGAAUUUAUCUUGAAGUCGUUAAAACUGGUAACAUUUCUUUAGGGGACACUGUAUACAUUUCAAAUACAUUAGAAACAAGAAAACGGAAAUGUUUAAUGUAAUUUUGUAACUAUAAUAUUAAGUAUAU